AAAACACAAAUUUGGUUCCCUAGAUAAAACAAAAAUCAUAAUUUUGGUUCUUUCCAAUAACCAUUGGUCUCUUCCUCAUUUCUUCCUCUCUCUCUCUCUCUCUCUCUCUCAAGCUGAAGGCGCAACAACACACAGUGAGUGAGCGAGAGCUAGAGAGAAUAACAAACAAUGGGUUUCUUCUCCUUUCUGGGUCGUCUCCUCUUUGCUUCUCUCUUCAUCCUCUCCGCAUGGCAGAUGUUUAAUGACUUUGAUGCCACUGGUGGACCCAUUUCAAAGGAGCUGAUUCCCAAGCUCACGGUCGUGAGGAAAAAUUUAUCCUCCAAAUUGGGGGUAGCGAUACCAGAUUUUAAUGUAUCUUAUGUUCGGCAAGUCGCUGCCACUAUCAUAUUUCUAAAGGGAGUUGGAGGAAUCUUGUUUGUGUUUGGAAGCACAUUUGGAUCCUUUCUCUUGCUUUCAUAUCUGGCGCUUGCUACUCCUGUUCUGUAUGAUUUCUACAACUAUAGACCUACUAAGCCUGAAUACGAUUUACUGCGAAAUGAGUUCAUUCAGAACGCAGCACUUUUUGGCGCAUUGCUAUUUUUUAUCGGGAUGAAGAACUCAAUUCCUAGGAAACAGUUAAGGAAGAAGACCCCAAAUGCAAAAACAAAAAAAGUUUAGAAAUUAGAAAGAUGUGUAUCUGUUCCUAAGAAAGUGUUAGAUUGCUGUGUUGCUAUGUUUGGGAAUAGUUAGUUUUUCACAUUAUCGUUUUUGUCAAUUGGCACAUAAUUUGAUUAUCGAUGUGCUUGAGCUUUCGUUUAGAAUUAUGUUGUACUUGCGGCUAAGAACCUAUCAACAAAAGAUUUGGUUAGAUUUUCUUGCUAA